AUGCCCGAUACAAAUCAAGCCUCUCUGUUCAAUUUAUUCUCCAUCGGAACUUGCAUGAGUCCCAUGAGAGCGUCCAAAGUUUUCAUCCACCAUCUAAAACAGCAUGACAUACUCCAAAAAGUGCACACACUGCGCGUAGACAUGUUUGGAUCAUUGACCAAGGAUACUCGGGAGGCUAUCCUUAUGGGCGUUGCUACUGAUCAGGUGUGCAUGAAAGAGAUAUCCACACACCAUUCAAUAUGUCUAGAUGGAACGCAUCGUAUCCAUUUUAACCCGGAUAAACAUCUCGUCUUUCAUCAUUUCAAAACAAGUCAUCCACAGGGCCUCCGCUAUUGUGCCUUUGAUUCGGAGGCAGGUAUGAUUGCAACCAAUGAGUUCUUUGCGCAUACGGAACUGUUGUCUGCUCCGCCUUUCAAGAGCAUGUCGCAUUUGGUUCAAACCUGUAAACGGGAAAAUAAGACAAUCGCUCAGCUCGUGUAUGAUCAUGAACUCAAGUUAUCUACACCAAAACAGAUCCAAGAAAAACUCUUGAGAAUAUGGAAAACCAUGGAUGCUAGCAUAAAAAACGGUAUAAUGGCACAAGGUGUUUUACCGGGUGGUCAUCUUAGAAGGGCUUCUUUUCUUUAUAAUGAUUUGCUAGAGAACGGACCCAAGAUACCCAAAAGAUCACCGCUAGGACUAUACCACCAUUCACUAGGAACUUCAUCAUUUUUGCAAUCCAAAAGCUUUCUUUUGCACCAUCUUGAAUAUCUCUCUGUUUAUCAAUUGGCUCUAAAAGAGGAAAAUGCAUGUGGAGGUUCGGUUGUGGCGUUCCCUGAAACAGCAACGACAAUUAUUCCUUCCGUGUUGAAAUACUAUAUUGAUUUUAUCUCAGAUAGCCCUGAAAAGGAUAUCAUGGAUUACUUAUUCACUAUAGCAGCUUUGGGGUCACUUCAAUAUCGCACAGCUGAUCAAGGACUAUCCAUGGCAGCAGCGGGUUUUACGGCCGUCAUGGGAGGAACGCUUGAUCAAGUAGAGAAAGCAACCCAACUUAGUUUGGAUCGGAUCAGAUUUCCUCAUGACAACGAUAAUGUAUCUGCUGUAAAAGCUAUUGCGGUAUCUCAACUUGCACUGGGUGCAUCAUCACAAACAUACCCUUACUGA